AUGUCAGCCAGCCAAGGCUUAGUGUCGCUAUUUUGGAAUUCCCGAGAUAUGGCUUUGGCUCAGAUCAGUGACCAAUGGUAUUACGGUGCCUGGAUUAUUUGCGCCAGAGGAUCGAACCUCCACUCAGCCUCAAAAAGAAAGUUGGUGGAGGGGUUCAGAUUGUCCUUGGGUUGGGAUCGGCGUACUGGAUUUCCAGUAAACCAGCAGGUCGAUCAGAUCUUUAAAUCAACCUCCUCCAAAGUCCAACUGUCCACCACGUUUGCUUUGGCUUCUCUGUUCCCUUCUGUGAGGAGCGGACUUUGGAGGAAUCAUCACGAUUCCCCCAACCGGAUGGAGGGUAGCAAUGCGCCUGGCCGUCGAUGCCCCGCAGUGAAAGAAUGGCUCACGCUAUUUCUUGUUCAGGCAGCCAAGACGUUGGGUUUAAAAAUGGAUUUCAUUUCUUCCAGCGUAUUCAUCCAAUCCACUUCUGAGCCAUACAACAUAACUCUUUCCUUAGCUGUUCCUCGUAAUCCGGAUCUGGCAUUGUCGUGA